AUGGCUCUACGUGGGCCGAUGAAGCGCUCCCACUUGAGACAGGUGAGCGCGCCCAGUGUAGACUCCCUGUCCGUGCCUCAGUCGCAGUCACCGGAGGCGCUCUACAAUGACGAGCGCAGCCAUCAAGACGUCCACGCAACGCCGGACGAGAGGACCAUACGGCUGUCAUCAGGCAGCCUGGAACGCCGACAAUGCUCUCUCUGGGUCCACGAUGAGACUUUCUCCCGCGAGGAGAUCCUCUUCAACCAGGCGGCGUUUAGCGACCUGAAUGUGAACGUCGGCGAUGUGAUCGAGAUCCUACCCGUGCGGUCACCGGGGGACUCCAUACACAGCCUCAAAUCGGAUCUAGGGGCUCGGUCGCUCCGCGACAGCUAUCUGGAGUCAGGCUCGGCGCACCUCCCGGACCCCAUGUCCAAGUUCAAAACGCCUUUGCAGAGCAGGUGUCUGUUCGUGGUGAAGCCUCUCCCGCAGGAGAUCAAGGCGCGUCAUCCGAAGCUGGAGAUAUCGGUGACCCAUAGUGUUGCCAAUAUCUUUGGGUUCAAGAACCGUACGCUGGUCAACAUCUCUGUUGUCGAUCGGGGGCAAUGCUCCGCUUCGCACGUGGAUAUCGCAUUCCGCGACCAGUUCCUGGUGCGAUCUGAUAUGUGGAGAUUGGUGAUGUCCGAGCUCGCCGACAAGAUUAUCUACAAGGGCCAGAAGAUCGUUUUCAUGGGGAGCAUCAAAGCUACCGUGAAGAAUAUCUUCAUCCGUGGCAAAAAGGUCCUCUCUGGUUACUUCUCGCCGCAUACCAUCCCUGUCUUCCGGAGUGAGUCGGCCAAGUAUGUCCUCUUCAUCCAGAUGUCGCGGGAGAUGUGGGAUUUCGACUCCGAGGGAACGGGCGACAUCCUUUUCAGCCGAGUGAUUAAUGGUUUCCUGCCGGAGCUGUUCAAGCGUUGGGCCAACUCGGAUGCGAAACAUCUGGUUACGAUCGUGCUGUUUACGAGGGUUGAGUACGAUUCUUCGGCUCUUGGAGGUCCGUUGCCGCUGAGCUCCGAAUCGCUGAGGUGCAUCUCCAGCCCCAACCAUGCUCCGACCAGGGACUUUUAUCGCGUCGUGGUCAACGAUAUGGCGAGUGGCCAUUGGACGACGAUUCUCGACGAGCUGAAGAAGGAUUUCCGGACUUUCUUGAGAGAUGUCUCGAUUCUAAAGAUGGACCGUCCGGAUACACCUACCGUGGAUGGGGUCAAGGUUGCUCCCAAGAACAAGCCGGCAAUCAUCGCAGGGCGACCAAGUACUGCGCUGCGUGGGAAUAUCCUUGAGGCAAUACAUCUUGCUUCGGCCCACCUUGCAUACGAUCAUAUUGACCGUGAUUUGGUCCAUACGGGUACCUCGAUCAUCGUCAUAACUCCAGGAAGCGGUGUCUUUGAAGUAUCUUAUGAAUCUUUGUCCUCUACCUCAGAAGCACUCGCGGACCGUGGCAUUGCCAUUGACCUGGUCUGCCUCAGCCCCAUGCCUCUGCAUUCCGUGCCGCUAUUCAAGUACAAAGCGCCUGUGGAAAGAUCCGGGAGCUCUUCGUUUGGCGACUUUCACAGCACCGGUUAUUCGCCUGAGAUGCGCCAGUCGUUCAGUUUCGCGAGUCGGACUCCCCAUCUAUCACCAAAAUCUACCAUGCAAGGCUCGUUUCCAGGAAUGACCCGCAAGGAGCAUCUUUCCGCUCGCUCAGACGAGUGGAACUACGGCAUACCUCACUGGCUUGAUAUUUCCUACUGGAAUCCAGAGACGUACAGAGAAGCUCGGCGCAUUGCGAAGAAAGACCCCAACGCGCCGAUUCCAUUCACUGUCACUAAACAGUCCAAGCUUUUUGUGCCGCGGGUCCGGAUGUACGAAAUCCAAAUGAUGGGGGUGAUGGAGAGCGAGCAGUCGGACAUCUCGAUUCCUUAUCUAUUGGAGGGCCAGGGCGUUUCCCGCCCCUCAAAUGCUGGUCUCGGUUUGGGCCCAAGUGGUCUUUCAUCUAGGGCUUCCUUCAGACGCAAUUCGUCGUACAAAGCUCAGUUGAGUGACAGCCUUCGGCCCGAACCUUUUCUACAAAAUAUCACAAACCCCAGAGAUGUGAUGCUGGCCAAGGCGAAGAAAACGCCCAACCAGGUGAUUGCCUGGAUGGACCAGUAUGACGAGGCAGUCUUCCAGCCUUUUGCCAAACGGCGACAGCAGCGCAAGGCUUCCAGACCAAAGCGGCCGAGCGAGCCAGAGGUGCAAGUUUCCAACGCGCAUGAGCGGCUUUCCGCACGGUCAGUGUUACGUCUGCGAGAGCAUGAAACCAAUUCAAACUCGGGCGAUCGCUCCUAUCCCACUAGGACAAUCCCUCGAGUUUCCGAAACGUUGUCAGUGCCCCAAGGCCCUGCUCCUUCCAAAGCCUCCACAUCCCCCAAGAAGCCUGCCUUGAAAGCUCCGUCGGCUGCGAGAACACCACGGAUGUCGCGUACGAUCAGUUUCGCUCUCCUUGGGUUUGGCGCCACCCCGCCCCGAGCUCAGGCAAGUACGGAGGUCAAUGUGGAACAUGCCAGGGCGCAACCCACCUCAGGCCAGAAGAAGCCUUCUGUGGGAUUUAUGGAUACCAGAAGCGUGGAGUCAUUUAGCGGUUCGGACUCUGCAUCCAUUUCCACGGUGAUCGACACUUCGUUACGACCAGCUUCGCCUCACCCGGCUCCACAAACGUCGGCUAUGACGCCAACGAGGCCGAUUUCAAUCAAGGUGCCUCCGAGGCAACCUUCGGAAGACACAGAGCCGGUCGAUCGUACGGUUCUACCAGAGUCCUACUCGACAACAAGUACUGCAAUCCCUUUCACGGGCGACGGCCGCCGGGACAGCCGCACGAAGAACGGGCCCAGCUUCGAGCUUACGGUGAGCGGCGGAUCUCGUGAAUCAUCUAUCAAGAGCCCACAGAACAAGGCAUUGGCGCCUUGGGUGCGCUCUAUCAACCCGUGCAAUACCUCAAGGGAUGUUCUUCGAGAUACUAGUUGGUUCGGACGCUGGCAACAUGCAUACCCGCGACCACCCCAUGUUGCAGUGGUGAAAUGGAAAAGCUUGAAGUCCCCCGCUAUUUUGCCAUUGACGACCGAAGAAUUCCCCACGGCUCAGGAGCUGGGCUCUGAUUAUCUGCAGACUCCGUACCGCGUCUUUCCAAAUGAUGACCCGGAAGGCGUCGAAGUACCCAAGACGAGGGGUAUCCUGCUGCGAGAGAUGAUUUCGUUGCGAUUAUCUCAUGGAUUCCAGAUCGUUAUUGGGAAACAUGUUGCAGAGGUAUCUGGACAGCCUGCUCUCGAAACGUUGAACGUCUUCGACACCCGCAGUUUGGAACGGGACGGUGCUACGGUCUUCCUCUCGAAAGGAAACACCAUCCACCGGCUGAUCUGUGUUGAUGGUGGUGAAAUCGAGGUGACACGUUUCACGCACCGGACUUCUUCUACUUUGGCAGCUGGGAAAAGGGACGGCUUUUCCCUCUACACUCCAGCGAUGCGGACCAUCCUGAGCACGGAGUAUGAGCUCAAGAACAUCAAGCUUGACCCGACGGCCGAGGAUUACAAUUGGAACUACGCUGACAACUACGUUGCCGGGCACCGCGACUACUUGUUCAACCCAGCGCAGCAGCUGCAAUUUUGGCGGGUGCGCUACGUUCUGAUCCCGAUGCCUCUGCAGGUCAACAACCGACGGCACUUGCAGUCGUUCAACGAGGAUAAUGAGGAAGAGAUCCACCUCCUGGGCAUCAAUCAGCUUACUCACAUAUGGCAGCGGCACAGGUACGUGCCGCCCGAGGAGAAGAGGUUCGAGUCUUCCAACGAGAAGAAGGACCAGAAUCCUCUCAAUAUCAUGUACCAGACACGAAAUCCAUCCGAGGUUGUUGCGGCCGAGUUGGAUCGCAUCUUACUCUCGGACCCAGGCUUGGAUAAUUCUCCCGCGCAGCUGCUGCCAGAAUCCGAGCUGCUGGAGAGAUCGAGCAUCAGCCUGUCGUCGCUGGCACAGAUUAUCCAAGGAGAGAAGGGCGUGCGGAUGAUGGAUCGACGAUGGCACUGGCGGUUGCAUUACAACUGUUUCAUCGGGUUCGAGUUCACCACUUGGCUCCUGCAGAAUUUCCGCGACAUUGACAGUCGGGAAGAAGCGGUUCAAUUUGGCAACGAGUUGAUGAAGCAUGGUCUAUUUCAGCACGUCGAGAAGCGACACAAUUUCCGAGACGGAAACUACUUCUACCAGAUCUCGAGUGAAUACCGGGUCGCCAGACCUGAAUCUCGGGGGAGCUGGUUUCCUCAGAAAAAGCCGGACAAACAAGUACCUUCCACAGGAGCGAGUGAGAACCCAAGAGACUCGGCCGUGAAUGGUCAUUCCAGGUCUGAGAGCGUCGAGACACCUGCGACCCCAUCCAAGUCAAAGAACAAAGCUACAAUCAUGUUAUCCAAGAUGAUGAAGUAUGAUGUUGACCCUCGCAAGCGGUCGAACAGACCCGAAGUCAUCGAUCUCCAUUACGACAGGCUACAUAAUCCGGACAACUGCUUCCACAUUGAGCUCAGCUGGAUGAAUACCACUCCGAAGCUGAUCGAGGAUGCUGUGCUAUCCUGGGCUGCAACCGCCGAGAAGUUUGGACUCAAGCUCGUCCAGGUGCCAAUUGCCGAAGGCUGUGCAAUCAGCAGGACGCAACCUUUUAGGAAGCCAUAUCGAGUCUCACUCGCAGUUCCACCUCCUCCGGGCCCCGUUCCCACAGUUUUCAAUACGGCUACCUUCUCGCAACUGGGCUCAUCGGACCGACAUUACUACCACAAGGCUCUGCUGCGGAAAUUUGAUUUUGUUCUGGACUUCGAAGCAAGAUCCGCGUUCCCGGCCGAUGUGGAAGUGUCGUACUCCUGGGGCACUCCGGACUACCAGUACCCGCAGUACAUUCACCGUUCUGGCAGUCUUCUGGUUCAGAUCACCGACGAGGGAGACUUUCUGUUUCUGGCCAACCGACUUGUGAGUACACGACUGGCUGCCGCCACUCGAGAAGGAUCGCGGUAUGAACGGAUGGACCGGCCGGAACAUCUUCGAGCGCGCGCGUCAACUCACGACCCUCUGGACCGUAUCUCCCCACGCCUUUCACCGCUUGUUCGCCCCCUCCACGACAUUGGCAGCCCCAUCAGCCCGCAAGGACAACCAAGCAUCGAUUUGGCACAACUCUACCGUGCUCCGGAGCACAUUCUCAAUAGCUUCGAGGAGUUCUGCAACGAUGCGGCUAGACUCGAGCAGUUCUAUAGCGUCUCGCACGCACGUCCCGCCUCGACGAAGGUCGGCCCUGCACCGACCACGGUUAUGGACUCGUCGAUACCCACGCUCGAGUUACCCGCGAGUGUCGUCAGCCAUCACAUCCAAUCGCCUGCGUUGACGACUAGAGCAUCGGUCGAUGGAUCUAUGCCGUCUGUCGACGCGAUGACGCGAGCGAGGAACGACAGCUUGAGCUACAAGGGAAGCCCAAAGAGCGGUAGUUUGCGGCCGUUGAAUAUAAAUUGA